CACGCCAGGGGGCGCUGACGGCGGCCCCGUCCCCCGCAGGCGUUCGAGGAGCGGCACCUGGCCUCCCGCGACCCGGUGGCGCAGUUCGGGGCCUGGCUGGCGGAGGCGGCGCGGUGCCCGGCCGUGGGCGAGGCCAACGCCAUGUGCCUGGCCACCUGCAGCAGGGACGGGAAGCCCUCGGCCCGCAUGGUGCUGCUGAAGGGCUUCGGGCAGGACGGCUUCCGCUUCUUCACCAACCGCCAGAGCCGCAAGGGCAGGGAGCUGGACUGCAACCCCUUCGCCUCGCUCGUCUUCUACUGGGAGCCCCUCCACCGCCAGGUGCGGAUCGAGGGCUCGGUGCAGCGGCUGUCAGAGGAGGAGUCGGAGCAGUACUUCCACUCCCGCCCCAGGAGCAGCCAGAUCGGGGCCGUCGCCAGCCGGCAGAGCACCGUCAUCCCGGACCGGGAGUACUUGAUGAAGAGGAACGCCGAGCUGGAGGAGAAGUACCGGGACGCGACGGUGCCGAAGCCGGAGGACUGGUGAGCCGCCCGGUGCGCGUCCUGCGGUGGGAGCAGCCCGGGGCCGCGCCGCGGGGCCCCCCCACCGCC